GAAGAACCAAAGUCCAUCUGCCGGGUUACCCUUUAAGAUCAGCCACGUAGAUACCCGCAUAUUUUAAUCCUUUUACGGCCUUUCGAUUCAGCAAGGGCGCAAAUAUCAGACUUCACAUCAGACUCAGAGGUAGCGACAAACUAUUAAACCCUCAACCUCGGCGCCCAGCGCGACGCUACUUCAUUCCCGGGUUCAAAUAUCGUCGGAAAUAUCUCGCCAUCUCAACAUGGAUACUCCUAGGAGACAAUGGCUCCGUCGCCUCGCUAAAGCCGAGCUCCACCUCCACCUCGAAGGCACCGUCACCCCCGAAACCCUAGUUAUCCUCUCCGCCCGCCACGAUACCACCCCUCUAACCCUCGGCGAAGCCAGGGCUUUGUACGCAUACAAGGACUUCGCGCACUUUCUACGCACUUUCAAACUCGUUCUUGACCGCCUCCUGGAUCCAGAGGACUAUGCGCUGAUCGCGCGCGAGAUGAUGUGCGAUUUGGCGGCGCAGGGGGUCGUGCAUGCGGAGGUAUACAUUUCCUGGGGCAAUAUUUUGCAUUGGAAACCGCAUUUGAGAGUUGAAGAUGUCAUGACGGCUGUUGAUAGUGCGAGGACUGAGUUUGAGGCUGGAAUUGGCGGGUUGUCGAUUCUCUGGAUUGCGGAUGCGACUCGGACUUGGAGCGCUGCGGCUGUGGAGGAAGUGUUUCGACUUGCGGCUCGAUUAAGGACAGACCGAUUUGCCAGUAUUGUUGGCGUGGGAAUCGGCGGUGAUGAGGCGGGUGGUCCAAUUGAAUUGUUUCGUGACUCGUACGUUGAGGCGAAGAAAGCAGGUUUAAGACUGACAGCCCAUGCGGGUGAAGCGACUGGUGAGGUCAAAGGACCGUUGGAGAUCCGAGCCGCAUUGUCUACGGGGGUUGAAAGGAUUGGCCACGGCCUUGCUGCACAGUAUGAUGACGAGCUUAUGGACGUGCUCAGGGAACAAGGGGUCCCUUUGGAGAUCAAUGUGACCUCGAAUGUCUUGACUGGUUGUUGUCCGUCUAAACAGGAACAUCCUUUGCCGAUUUAUAUGGACAAGGGGUUGCUCUGCACGUUAAACUCGGAUGACCCUGCAAUGUUCGGCUCCAACUGUUUGGACGAAUAUGUCCUUGUCCAAGAAACCUUUGGAUUAGACUUGGAGACAAUGAGGGUAUUGGCGAAGAACUCUAUUCUUGCUAGUUUCCUAGAUGAAGGGAAGAAACAGCAUUUGAUCGAUUUGAUUGAUGCGUUACCUUCCUACACGGAAUCAGUCAGACAAUUCGAGUAUCCGAAUGAUGGAACAGCCUAAUUUGAAAUGCGAAUCUCACCUUUCACAAUUUCCAUCUUCGCGAGCGGGCCAGAGCUAUUGCUGCUUUAGAAGGAGUAGUGCGAGAGCAUAAUGUGCCAGUUUGGCGCAACUUAGAGGGCUCAUUCUGCUGCCCGGCUACAAAGUCAGCAACAAUUUCUACCGGG